CCCUCAGUCUUACGCCUUCCGAGGACCGGUAAUCGUCGUGUGAUUGUCCUCUUUUUCUCUCUUUCUUUCUCUAUCUGUAUUUUAUUUACCUGUUAUCGAAUUUUCUUCUUUUUAUAAUUUUUUUUGUCCCACAUCCCCCAUUCCCCCACUCCUACCCACAUCAACAUCACCCCACUUAUCUUAUUAUAAGUAGCUUAUUUUUUUUAUGUUAAUCUUUUUUUUAUAUGAACCAAAGAGAAAGAGAGAAAGAAAAUCAAUUUUUGGUCAAUUUUGAUAAAGUGAAAAUGAAACGUGAUUGUCGUUAUAGUUAUUGUUGUUGUUGUUAUUGUCCACCAAUUUAGCAGAUUCGUUUGUUCAUUCAAAGAACGAAGAAGGAGGUGUUGACCAAACGUGGAAGUUGUUUUUUUUAAGGGUUACGGGGGUUAGGGGGGGGGAUUAUUGUGGGGAGGAAGGUUGAGGAUGUGGUUUUUUCGUUUUGCCAUUGCGUUACUUUGCGCUGAGAUCGUAUUACCGUCUAUUACCGGUUGCUGUGUGCAAACUACAAGGUUGUUGUGUACGAACAACAAGAUUGCUCUUUAUUGGCGCAUUAGCGGAAUUUCUGCUGCGGUGGCGUUAAUACAUGGCGAUCGAAGAGGUGUUGUUGUUGGCAGUAAGAUAUCAAAGAGGGCUAAACCAAUCGAAUCGGAGGAAGAAGAGGAGGAUUAUUAUUACGAUGAGGAAACCGAACCAGUGGACGAAAGGAAUAAUCCAACGAACGAGGCACCAGCAGUACCACCUGGAUUUCUCAGUCCAUCUGUCAGAGAGUAUCUCGACCUUGGUAAAUCGAUACCCGGUCGACCAGGUACGGAUUAUCCAGUCCUAGGAAAAGUGCCCUACACCAAUUUUUAUUGCGACGAUCAACCCUAUCCGGGUUUCUUCGCAGAUGUUGAAACAAGAUGUCAAGCUUGGCAUUAUUGCGAUAUAGAUGGCAGACAAGCUACAUUUUUGUGCCCAAAUGGUACACAAUUCAGUCAAAUCGUGUUCGUUUGCGAUUGGUGGUUCAAUGUCAGGUGCGAACUAAGUCCGAAAUUGUACGUCAUCAACAGCCGAUUGUACGGCAAGCCUACGGAAGAUCCAACGAGGCCUCAUCGAAUUAUCACUAAGGAACUACUCGAAAAUAUUUUCGUUAAACGAAAAUGACCAUCCUAAUUUGCCGAAUUUCAAUAUUUUUAUCGUUUUAGACAAUUAAAGCAAGCAUAUAUCAAAUAACGACGAUUAAAUAUUAGGUGGAUCGAAAAGUAAUGUUGUUUUUUAACCUUAAAUUCAAAUAAAUAAAUUUUUAACAAAUUUUUAUUUUUAAU